AUGAUAUACACAGUUUCUCUGUGUGGCUUGACCAAAAUAUCUACACUUGUCGUCCAACCUUCUUUUUUCAUCUCAUGCUAAAGAUCAACUAAGAGCCCUACAAUGAGAGGGCGGAGGGCAGCGCGGUGAGGUGCGCAGAGAUGGAGGACGGCCUGGUGUCGGAGGACGAUGUGUUGCUUUGGUCAGAAAAGGAGUUCCAUGACGCUGCGAAGAGGAACGACCCGGAGAGAAUGCGGGAGCUGAUCCAGAAGGGUGUGGACGUCAAGGCCAAAAACAAAACGGACCGCAAAGCGCUGCACUGGGCCGCGGGAGCCGGGAACGAGCAGGCGCUCCGUCUCCUGCUGGACCACGACACCGACGUUGACGAGAAGGACGCCUUUGGCAUGAACGCUCUGCUUCUGGCGUCCUGGUUUGGUCACCUAAAGGUCCUGCAGAUCCUGGUGUCGUGUGGGGCCAAGCUCAACAGUGAAAACAAAGACGGUCUGAGCAUGCUGCACUGUGCAGCCCAGCGAGGCCACAUACGAGUCCUGGAGUUCAUCAUGGAGGACCUGGAAGACGUACGACUCGACAGACUCGACAAGUCGGGGAAGACGGCCCUUCACCUGGCUGCUGAGAGUGGACGGUUUGAGGUGGUGGAGUUUCUCAUUGGAAUGGGCUGCACGCACGGCUUGAAGGACAAGGACGCCAACACGGCCGUGCAUCUAGCAGCAAAGUGUGGGCACACACAAGUCCUGCAGAAGAUGGUGGAGACCGGAGUCGAUGUCGACGAGAGAAACAUAGAUGGUCUCACAGCAUUGCACCUGGCAGCUGACGGAGGUCACUACGAAUGUGUCAAACUGCUGCUGGAGGUCGGCUGCGAUGCCAAUGCACAGACUAAUAAGAACAUGAACGCUCUCCACUACGUGGCCCAGCAUGGCUUUGACAGGGAGGCUGGUUUGCUGCUGGAGGCCGGAAUCAACAAAAAUGCUGUAGACAAUCAACAAAACACAGCUCUCCACUUAGCUGUGUUCAACAACCACGCCACGGUUCUACGGCUGCUCAUAGACGCCCACUGUGACCUGGACAUCACUGACUGUUGCGAUGGAAUGCACAUUUUAGAAAUGACACAGUGGCCCCGGUGCAACAAUGUCAGAUUCCCGGCAUGUGGUUCGCAGAGACAACAGACGGUUUUGCACAUCGCAGCAGAGCACGGCUGGCAGGACUUGGCUGAGAUGAUGCUGGUCUCCGGUGUUAACCUCAAUCUGACUGACAAGCAGGGGAAAAGGUGUUUGGAGGUGGCAGCCAGAGGAAACCACGUCCUCCUGGUUGACAUGAUCAUCAAAGCUGACCGUUUUUAUAAAUGGGAGAAGGAUCAGAUGAGCAGCGAGCAGGACUCCUGGCUGGUGAGACCUCUAAGCUUCAAGCAGGACCACCAGCCAGAGACACAGCACCUCCGGUCUGUCCUGUGGAGCCUGGCCACCAAGCACCUGUGCCGCGGGGAGUGGAAGAUCCUGGCACAGCACUGGGACUUCAGCCCCGCACAUAUACAAGCUAUAGAGCAACAGUGGACCGGUAUGAAGAGCUUCAAAGAGCACGGCCACCGGAUGCUGCUAAUCUGGCUCCACGGAGUUGGGAUGGCGGGGGAGAACCCAGUCAAAGGCCUGUACGAGGGGCUGGUGGAAAUCUCACGGACAGACUUGGCAGAGUGUAUCCGGCAAAAGGCCAACGCAGAGACCAGCUCUCCCAAGAUGUGCUCUGCAAUGUGAUCACCACUGAGUGACUGCAACCGUGCACGCUCUCAUAGUCGGACCUACUUGCAAAGUGCUAAAGAAAGGUCUUCCCUGAGCUGAGCCCAUGACAAAGCGUAUGAGGGGCCGUUUAGGACUAUUGUGACACUACUGAGACCCUCUUACACGUACUAAUGCAACACUCUUGCGUUCGCUAUUGAAAUGCUCUCACACACAUUGGUCAGACGCUUAUUGAUUAAUUGAUUGAAGCAUUUUAUUUCUUGAACAUGUAGAUAUUAACAUAAUAUAUUAAAAAAUCAACAUAGACCACAAAAUAAAAAUGAAGUCACCUUCUGUUCAAGAAAAGGAGUAGAGGGAAGCAAAAGCUUAUAGUUCCCUACCCCCUAUCUUUCAGUUAAAUGAAUCUUUUACAUGACCAACAUUAGGUAAUUUCCUAUGUUUACAAACCUUUAUUUUACUUGCACAUUUAGCGGACAUACCUUCUACGUUUAAUAUUCACUAUUAGUAUAUAUUACGUUGAAGAUUAAAAUCACUCCUCUGUUCAUCCUACAUACAUACAUACAUACACCUAUAAGUACACACACACAGCCUUAAAUAAAUACAAUUUAAGACCGUAAACUACCUGUCAUUUCCAUCACUGAACAUUUUUUAACAGAUCUCAUAUUUGGCUAAUGUGUAUAAUUUAAGAUGUUUUUUUAAACUGCAAUAUGUUUACAAUCUUUGAUCUUAUCUGGUAAGUUGUUCCACAACUUCACCCCACAGACCGAUAUGCACCUGCUUUUGAGUGUAGAGUGUACCUUUUGAGGUACACUCUUAAAUUAUAGUCUCCUAAUCUGUCGCUAAACCAUCUUUGAAUGUUUCCUGAAAGUAGGCUGUUUCUUGCUUUAUAUACAAUCUGUAACGUUUUAAAAUCUUUUAAAUCCAUAAACUCUAAUAUUUUUAAUUUCAGAAAUAAUGUGUUUGUGUUCAUAGUACCCCACUUUGUUAACUAUCCUUAUUGCUUUUCUUUUCAUUGGGCAUAUUGCCUGUAGGGUGCUUUUGUAGGUAUUACCCCACACAACUCAAAUAGGGGGAAAACCGUGUACAGUACAGUGUAUGCAGUGAUUUUAUAUUCAAUAUAUGUCUGACUGACUAGUAUCCCUACACAGCGUGCCAAUUUUGAGUGUACACGAGUGACCUGUGGCCUCCAGCUGACCUUGUGGUCUAUCAUUACACCUAGAAAGGAGUAUUCAAACACCCUUUCGAUUUUAAUAUCGAUGUUUAGUUCAAUGUGUCUGUUUGCUUGUGUGUUACUUUUGCCAAAGACCAUAAAUGUGGUUUUCUUUA